UUCGCAACUGUGCAGUGUUGUGUUGUGAAUUAAACAUAAAAUGUUCUUGCUUUCACUGAAAAUGGGCAGAUUUUUCAAUACUCAGUGCUUUUUGUGAUAUAGAAAUAACGCCACGGCUAUUUUCAUUAAAAUUAUGACAUCAAUAAUGUUGUAGUAUAACAAGGACAAAAACAGCUCAAGCUGACUGCUGCCCAAAAUGGCCACGUUCAAUAAAACACAGAAUUUAAAUUUCGAAAAAAUAUGCCGUGCUUGUUUGCAGAUAAAAAAGGAUAUGAGGCCUUUAUUCGAGCAAUUAACCGCCACAAUGUUGAUGGGGAUAUCAAAAAUUCAGGUGGCGGUAGGUGACGGUCUGCCCCCGCAGCUGUGCUUGCAGUGCGUCCACCAGAUAUCCCGCUGUCACGCCUUCAAGGAUUUGGUCGAGCGAAAUGACGUCACUUUACGAGAACAAUACGCCAGGCACCUGGCCGAAGAGGCCAUUAAAAGGGAGAACGAAGAGAAAGAGAAGCUCCUAACGAUGACCGACCCUACGUAUAUAUCCCUAACGACGGAUAACGAUCCACUGACGAACCCAAAUCAACUGUUGGAAGGAUUCUUCUCGACAUCAGAACAUCAUAAUUUAGAGGAGAUUGUCACAACCGAAACCUUUGAAGUUGUAAAGACUGAUUCGGAGCCUCCGCCACCGACGAAAGACGACAGCGGCUUGAACUCCGACGAGGAGAACUACCUUCAGAUGGUGGUGUUCCAAGCGACCUCAACGGUCACGCCGGGCCGGCACGUCUGCAACCUGUGCCACAAGGAGUUCAAGCACUCGCGUUGGCUCAAACAGCACAUGAGGUCGCACACGAACUGGAUCCGCGCCAACUGCAAGAAGCCGCCCAUGUGCACGAUAUGUGAGAGAACUUUUAAGGGUCCGGGGAUGUUGAAGAUGCACAUGCGCACGCACGAGGAGCGCCCGCCCAAGCAGCCCACCUGCUCCGUCUGCCAGCGGACGUUCGCAACCAAAACCCUGCUGUACCGCCACCGGCAGACCCACUUCGAGCCCAAAACCCACCAGUGCACGGUCUGCGAGAAGAGGUUCUACAGCGGGUACGCGCUCAGGUCGCACAUGGCGCGCCACCGCGGCGAGAGGCCCUACGUCUGCUCCAUGUGUAACAAGAGCUUCUACAAUCCCACGGAUUUGAAGGUACAUUUUCGACUGCACACCGGCGAGAAGCCAUUGAAAUGUACCGAGUGCAAUAGAACGUUCCGCCGCCACUCCACGCUGUGUCAGCACAUGAAGAAGCACCGGGGCAUCAGGAACCACGUGUGCAACGUGUGCAACAAGGCGUUCUAUGAGGUCUCCAAGUUGAACGCUCAUAUGAGGGUGCACACAGGCGAGCGCCCCUACGAGUGCCAGUACUGCGGGCGGCGGUUCGCCCAGCAGUCGGCGCUCAUCUACCACAACCGGAUCCACACCGGCGAGAAGCCGUACAGCUGCAAGCUCUGCUCGGCCAAGUUCACCACCUCGUCCGCCAGGAACAACCACAUGAUCACGCACACAGGGCACAAGAAGUACAUCUGCAGCAUCUGCUACAAGGGCUGCACCUCGAAGACGGAGCUUCGGGUGCACAUCACGAAGCACACGGGGCAGAAGCUGUUCGAGUGCACGUACUGCUCGCAGCGGUUCAGUUCCGCUUCGUACCUGGCCGUGCACCGCCGGUACCACACCGGCGAGAAGAACCACCACUGUCAGAUCUGCGGGAAGAGCUUCAUUGAGGCAAGGUCGUACAAGAAACACAUGAGUUCGCACGAGAACAAGGGCGAGUCGGAAGCGAACAACUCCGAGGCGGCCGCCGAGACCGCGCCCGCCGCGCACGAGCCCGCGCCCGCCGCCGCGCCCGCCACCGCGCCCGCCGCCGACACGCAGGACGCAAAUCAGCUUCAGAUGAGGGACACUAUAACUAUAGAAGUGCCGGCGAUGACGUCACCGGCCGAGCCGCCGCCCCAGAAACGCUACAAGUGCGGCGUCUGCGUCAAGACCUACAUGUACCUGCACAGCCUCAAGAAGCACAUGAUGACCCACGUACAGCAACAAUCACCACCAACACAACAACAACAGCAACAACAACAGCAGCAGCAACAACAACAACAGCAGCAGCAACAACAACAGCAGGCGGUGCAGCAGGCGGCGGUUCCGCAGCAGCAGGUGCUGCAGGUGGGCGGCGUGCAGCAGCUGGCGGUGCCGAUACACGCGCACCACGUGCAGCAGGGCAUCGUGCAGAACGGGCAACACUCAUAUCCGGUGAUAUCGACGGUGCAGUCGCUACAGCUACAACAGAGUCAACAGCAACAGCCGCAGCAGCUGCAAGUGCAGACCAUCCAGAUCCAUCCGUCGCAUCAACCCAUCCAGAUACAUGCGGUCGGCGUGCAACAAGUGCAACAACAACAGCUUCACGUCGCCACUUCUUCCUGUCAAACGAUGCUCCCGAACAUUCUACAGCUCCAGCCGGGGACGGUGGCGGUGUCGGGCCUGGGCCAGCAGGAGAUCAACGUGCCGCAUCGCAUCAUACUGCAGCCUCAACCGGGACACCCUCACGUGUUCAUACAUCACUAAUAAUAAAAUCGAAUAAUCGAUUGAAAUUUUGAGGUGAUAUUUUAAUCGAUUUUUAUUCGUACUUUUCCUGUCAAUUAAAUAUAGUCUGCGGUGCAUACUUUAUAUAAGUAGCUUUAUCAGAAUUUGUUGUUGAUUUUUAUAGAUCUGUAAAUAAAAUUAAAUACUUAUUAUUAUAAUAAUAAUUGUAGGAUUUUAAAAGCAAUGAAAGUACAUAUGUUAAAGUACUGCUACCCAUAUUUGUUAGUUGUAUUUAUUUUUUUGUUUCUUAAAUUUUAUGUUCAAAGUCGAUAUUGUUGUAGUAUUAUAAUAAUCAAACGUUUUCUUUUACAGUAGUAAAUUAUUUAAUACCAGAAUAAUAAUUAGGUUUUAUAUUGUAAUAGUUUUCAGGAGGUGAUAGCAUAUGACUUAGCUUUAGUGUUUCUUCUGUAUAUUUUAUGUACAAUUUUGAUCAUAGCUCUAUUAGAAAAAAAUAAACGAAUUGUCAAUUAA